CAAAGAUGUGUUCAGGCCAGGGAGCUGAGGAGGUGAAGCUGGAGCCUUUACAAGAGCGUAAGCCUGCUUCGGAGGAGAACUUGACGUGGAGUGACAGCGGCGGCGAUAAGGAGGUGGCUCUGCGGAUCGAGGUGGCUUAGGGGACUGGUUGCUGGAGGUGGAGUUUGAUCAGGGUCCUACAGGCUGCUCUCAUGUGGAGAGCUUUAAAGUGGCUAAGAACUGGAGGAAGAACCUGCGGUUGAUCUACCAUCGUUUCGUUUGGAGUGGGACCCCAGAAACUAGGAAACGUAAGGCAAAGUCAUGCUUCUGUCAUGUAUGUAGUACCCAUAUGAACAGACUCCACUCUUGUCUCUCCUGUGUCUUUUUUGGCUGCUUUACUGAGAAACAUAUUCACAAACAUGCAGAAACAAAACAGCAUAAUUUAGCUGUAGACCUCUAUCAUGGGGUUAUAUAUUGCUUUAUGUGUAAGGAUUAUGUAUAUGACAAAGACAUAGAACAGAUUGCCAAAGAAACAAAAGAGAAAAUUCUGAAAUUACGAACUUCCAUCUCAACAGAUGUUUCUCAACAGCAGUGUAUGACAUCAGGUGUUGAAGAGAAACAUUCAACCUGUGAGUCAAAGGAACAGGAGCCAAAAUUGGUGAAACCCAAGAAAAAGAGGAGGAAAAAGUCAGUCUGUACUGUAGGCCUGAGAGGGCUAAUCAAUCUUGGGAACACGUGCUUUAUGAAUUGUAUUGUCCAGGCACUUACCCAUAUUCCUUUAUUGAAAGAUUUCUUUCUCUCUGACAAGCAUAAAUGUGUAAUGACAAGCCCCAGCUUGUGUCUUGUCUGUGAAAUGUCUUCUCUUUUUCAUGCAAUGUACUCUGGGAGCCGAACUCCUCACAUUCCUUAUAAGUUAUUGCAUCUAAUAUGGAUUCAUGCAGAACACUUAGCAGGAUAUAGGCAGCAGGAUGCCCAUGAGUUCCUUAUCGCAAUAUUAGAUGUGCUGCAUAGACACAGCAAAGAUGAUAGUGUUGGGCAGGAGGCCAAUAACCCCAACUGCUGUAACUGCAUCAUAGACCAAAUCUUUACAGGUGGCUUGCAGUCAGAUGUCACAUGUCAAGCUUGCCAUAGUGUCUCUACCACAAUAGACCCAUGCUGGGACAUCAGUUUGGACUUGCCUGGAUCUUGUGCCACAUUCAGUUCCCAGAGUCCAGAGGGAGCUGACAGCACAGUGAGUAGGGAUGACCACAUACCAGGUAUUCCCUCACUCACAGAUUGCCUACAGUGGUUUACAAGGCCAGAGUACCUAGGAAGCAAUGCCAAAAUCAAAUGCAGUAGUUGCCAAAGCUAUCAGGAAUCUACCAAACAACUCACGAUGAAGAAAUUACCUAUCGUGGCCUGUUUUCAUCUCAAGCGAUUUGAACAUGUAGGUAAACAGAGGCAAAAGAUUAAUACUUUUAUCUCCUUUCCCUUGGAGCUGGAUAUGACUCCAUUUUUGGCCUCCACUAAGGACAGCAGAAUGAAGGAAGACCAGCCACCGACAGAUUGUACACCCAAUGAGAAUAAGUAUUCCUUGUUUGCAGUGAUUAAUCACCAUGGAACUUUGGAAAGUGGACACUAUACCAGCUUUAUCCGGCAACAAAAGGACCAAUGGUUUAGCUGUGAUGAUGCCAUCAUCACCAAGGCUACCAUUGAGGACUUACUCUACAGUGAAGGGUAUUUACUGUUCUAUCACAAACAGGGUCUAGAGAAAGAAUAGUCUUACAAGACACUUACCAGGAAAAAAAAGGAAAUGAAUAUACAAGGAUCCUGAAAUGACACAUAAACCUACUUGGAAUGGACAAUGACAAUACCCAUACAACAACAAGCACCUCUUGAAGUUUCGCAAAAACCUACCUGGCAUUGACAAUGACAAAUAGCACCUAUAUGACAAGUAGCACCUUGAUAUAAAGAACCUAUUUUACCAUGGUUUAUGGGUCUGUAAGAGGAAAAAAAAAUACUAACUAGUGACCAUUCAGCCUUAAGAAAUGGGGUGGGGGGGAGAAGAGGUUGAAAAUGGUCACAUAAAGCAUAAUUAAAUGAACAGAUUGUUUUAGAUGGGGAGAGUGGGAAUGGAGAUGUUCUGCCACUGCUGUAUGUCAUUUGUUUCUACAAAAAUACCAUGUGAAAUCAGGGAGUAUUUGUACAUCAACAAAAAGCUUCACAAUUGGUAUUCUAGCUGUGGCUGAUUAGUCAAAUGGUUUGAAAAAAAGAAUAUUGAAAAAAAAUUUUUAAAGCCUUACAAGAAAAUAUUUAAAAAGAAGAAAACUUUUUUUUUAAUUUUAAAAGAAAAUGUUUCCAAAUGUUGAAAAAUUUAAGUUAAAUAUUUUAAAAGAAAUUUUUUAAAAUUUAAGUUUUUUUAAUUUAAAAUUUCAAAAUUAUUUAAGGCUUAAAAACACAUUUUUCUUAGUUUAGAAAAGGUAAAAUGAAUAAAACAAGGACAAAGAUAAAAAAUGAAAGUUUACAAAAAAGUUAAAGUGAAAUUUAAAGUUUUAGAAGUAAAAAGUUAAAGGGGAAUGGAGCUCUUAAAAGUUAAAUAAAAUGUUUAUAUUAAACAUUUUAAAUUAGACCAUAAAAUACACGUGUUGAAAAAUGAGAAGUUAGCAAAAUUCACGAAGAGCUUAAGAAAUAAAAUUUCCAA